UUCAAUCUAACAAAAACUGUGUUAGCAAACACGAGGGAAAGAAAAUAAAAAAGCCUAAGUUAAACUAUACGUGGGAGUAACCUUUCUACGACUUAUUUGGUGCAAUAAGGAGUGUAGCUAGCUGAUAAUGGAGUUUAAUGGCAGAAUUGUUGAGUUUCUUGAGAACAAGAGCAUCCUUGUCACUGGUUCUACUGGCUUUCUCGGAAAGGUUUUUGUGGAAAAGUUACUCAGAGUCCAGCCUAAUGUAAAGCAUCUCUUUCUUCCUUUAAGAGCUCUAGAUCCAACAUCUGCUGCUCAACGUCUGCAUAGCGAGGUGUUGGGGAAGGAGGUUUUUAGUGUGUUGAGAACAAAAUAUGGUGUCGGGUUCAACUCCUUUAUCUCCGCAAAGGUAACAGCAGUUGCAGGGGAUAUUGCUUUAAAAAACUUUGGAUUAACAGAUGACUCUAAUUUGCUCAAGAAGUUGUUGAAAGAAGUUGAUGUUGUUGCCCAUUUUGCUGCAACAGCUAAGUUUGAUGAAAGAUAUGAUGUAGUGUUGGAAACCAAUACCAUUGGAGCUAAGAAUGUUCUGGAAUUUGCAAAAAAAUGUGUUAAUUUAGAGAUGUUUGUCCAUAUAUCUACAGCUUAUGUGUGCGGAGAGAAGUCAGGAGUUGUAUUAGAAAAACCUUUUAAGAUGGGUGAAACACUGAACACAACCACAAAUGUAUUAGACAUGGAAGAAGAGCUGAAAUUGGCGCAAAAGCGUCUAAACGAACUUAUGGCUGCUCAAGUCUCUGAAAAAGAAGAAAAAGAUGCCAUGGGAGUUUUUGGCAUGCAAAGAGCAAGACUAUUUGGAUGGCCAAAUACAUACGUAUUUACAAAAGCAAUGGGAGAGAUGUUAAUUGGUAAAUUAGGAGAAAAUGUUCCACAUGUCAUCAUAAGACCUACCAUUGUUACCGGUACUUACAAAGAGCCGUUCCCUGGUUGGUCUGAAGAUGUCAGAACGGUAAACGGUUUCAUCCUUGCCUCUGCUAAAGGGAAGUUACCAUGCUAUCCAGGAAACGUCGAGACAAUUAUUGAUAUGGUUCCCGGAGACAUGGUGGUGAAUGCCACAAUUGUGGCAAUGGUGGUUCAUGCAAAUCUUCACAAAUCAUCGACAAAUAAUCAGUUUAUCUACCAAGUGUGUUCUUCUAAAGCAGAUCACGUGAACUCAGAUAGGGUGAUGAACAGUGUCUACAAAUAUUUUUCCAAGAAUCCAUUGAUAGGCAAAAAUGGAAAGCCUAUUCAAGCUGUCAAUCCUGUUCGUUUCCCUACUAUGAAUAGCUUUAGAAGAUACGUAUUUUUCAAAUGCGAGUUGCCUUUAAAGGUUUUGGAAUUUGUGAAUGUCGCCCUUCUGCAAUAUAUUUCUGAUACUUGCAAGGAUGUGGAACGGAGAAUUAAUCAGAUGUCAAGAAUGAUCGAACUAAAUGAACCAUACCUAUUCUUCAAAGGACAAUUUGAUGAUGCAAAUACGGAGAGAUUGCGAAUGCUGGUAAAGAUGAACCAAGUGGAUCAAGAUACAUUUUAUUUUGAUCCCAAAUCCAUAGACUGGGAUGAUUACUUGAUGAAUAUUCAUAUCUCAGGUCUAGUGAAAUAUGUGAUUAGAAUAUAACUUGCAAGUGCCUAGUGACAUAGAGCUUUGUCUGUCUACAAUAAAGUUGUAAUGUUGUCAACAGUGUGAUGUUUCUUCCUGUUACUUGUACAAGUUUCUUUUCCUUAUGAACUAAGUUAGGUGAAUGCAGUAACAACAUAUUAUAAGAGCAGCUAAACUAAGUGUCCUACCAUUAUCACUGCUGCUCUGAACUAAGUGUCCUUGAGCUCUAUUUUUCUUUGUAGUGCUACUCGAAAUCUUUUUAGAA